CAGCUUUCAAACCUACUUUGGGGUCUUAAAACGAAACCGUACACCAUUUCACUGUGGACAUUACACCCUCUUACAGAUAUGGGAGACAUGGGAGACCCACCAAAAAAAAAACGCCUGAUUUCCCUAUGUGUUGGUUGCGGCAAUCAAAUUCACGAUCAGUAUAUUCUGAGGGUUUCUCCGGAUUUGGAAUGGCAUGCGGCGUGUUUGAAGUGUGCUGAGUGUAAUCAGUAUUUGGACGAGACCUGUACGUGCUUUGUUAGGGAUGGCAAAACCUACUGUAAAAGAGAUUAUAUCAGGUUAUACGGCAUCAAGUGCGCCAAGUGCAGCAUCGGCUUCAGCAAGAAUGACUUCGUGAUGCGCGCCCGCGCCAAGGUGUACCACAUCGAGUGUUUCCGCUGCGUGGCCUGCAGCCGCCAGCUCAUCCCCGGCGAUGAAUUCGCUCUGCGGGAGGACGGCCUCUUCUGCCGGGCGGACCACGACGUGGUGGAGCGGGCCAGCAUGGGCGCCGGGGACCCUCUCAGC